AUGUGGAGUAUUGUGGACCGGAUGGCGGUCUCGCCGCCGAGGCCCUCUGAGCAAAAGCUCUUGCACGUCACCCUGCUUACUGCCGAGGUGAUUGUCAACUGGGCGCAAAAGGUUCUUCACAACCUCCAGAUCAUUGCGCGGGGUUGCCGAGAAUCCCAUGAUACGGAGACUCCGUGGUGGAAGAUCCGGGUCACUGCCGUGGGUACCGAACCGGCGUCCACCAAAUUCUCAUGCAAGCUAUGGAGUCCGAAUAUGAAACUCAACGGCAUGGUGCGCGUGGUGCGGGGGAUCGGUAUGUGA